GGGCUGAGGUGGGGGGCGGACGGACGGGUGUCCCUGUCCGCCAUUAUCUGCCAGCGGGGCCGUGCUCCUGCCUCCUUCUAACGCCUACCCUCCGCUUUCGGCCACCCGCGGGCUUCCAGGGCCUUCCGCCUUCCUCGGGGCCUUCGUGCCAGGGUUUCCCCCUCCGCAGGCCGUUUCCCCCCGGCCGGCAGCCUGUGCCUCUGCUCUGCUCCGCUCUCCCCGUGGCUGCCUUCACGUAGCCCUGGGGCUGAGAAUGUGAUACGACUGCCUUUCAUUCGGGACUCCUGCCUCUUAGGUUUUGAUGGCGCACAUCACCAUAAAUCAGUAUUUGCAGCAAGUACAAGAAGCCAUUGACAGCAGAGAUGGACAAUUUUGUGCAGAAUUGGUAUCAUUUAAACAUCCACAUGUUGCAAACCCAAGGCUACAGCUUCCGUCUCCAGAGGAGAAGUGUCAACAAGUUUUGGAACCACCAUAUGAUGAAAUGUUUGCAGCCCACUUAAGGUGUACUUAUGCUGUCGGAAAUCAUGACUUUAUAGAAGCAUACAAGUGCCAAACAGUUAUCGUCCAAUCUUUCCUGCGAGCAUUUCAGGCACAUAAAGAAGAAAACUGGGCUUUACCUAUCAUGUAUGCUGUAGCCCUUGAUCUUCGAAUUUUUGCUAAUAAUGCAGAUCAACAGCUAGUGAAGAAAGGGAAAAGCAAAGUUGGUGACAUGUUGGAAAAAGCAGCAGAACUGCUGAUGAGCUGUUUUCGAGUCUGUGCCAGUGACACUCGAGCAGGCAUUGAAGAUUCCAAAAAGUGGGGCAUGUUGUUUCUCGUGAAUCAGCUGUUUAAAAUUUAUUUUAAGAUCAACAAGCUUCAUCUAUGUAAGCCCUUAAUUAGAGCAAUUGACAGCUCAAAUCUGAAGGACGAAUACAGUAUGGCACAGCGUGUUACAUACAGAUACUAUGUUGGGCGCAAAGCCAUGUUUGACAGUGACUUUAAGCAAGCUGAAGAGUAUCUGUCAUUUGCCUUUGAGCACUGUCACCGCUCAAGCCAGAAGAACAAAAGAAUGAUUUUGAUCUACCUGCUGCCAGUAAAAAUGUUGUUGGGCCAUAUGCCAACGGUUCAGCUCUUAAAAAAGUAUGACCUUAUGCAGUUUGCUGAAGUAACAAAGGCUGUGAGUGAAGGCAAUCUUCUCCUACUGAAUGAUGCUCUGACAAAGCAUGAGACCUUCUUUAUUCGAUGUGGAAUCUUUCUUAUCCUUGAGAAGCUGAAAAUCAUCACGUACAGAAAUCUCUUUAAAAAAGUAUACUUACUACUCAAAACCCAUCAGCUAUCUCUAGAUGCCUUUCUCUUUGCCCUGAAAUUCAUGCAAGUAGAUGAUGUUGAUAUUGAUGAAGUCCAGUGCAUUUUAGCUAACCUUAUAUAUAUGGGUCACAUUAAAGGCUAUAUAUCUCAUCAGCAUCAAAAGCUUGUGGUCAGUAAGCAGAACCCAUUUCCUCCGCUGUCAACAGUGUGUUGAGUAUUGCAUCUUAUCCAUGCAAGUACUUUUCAGAUACUCGGCUUGCCCAGUGGAGCUGCUCGUAAUCACCCUGAGAACAUUGUAAAUGACCUGGUUCAUGUCCAGGACUGGAAUACCGGGAACUGUUUGUGGCUCCUUUCCCAGAAUGACCAAGGCUGCCAGUGUUACAAAGUGCGUUGGAAUGAAAUGCUAACUUUUCAAUGAUAGUUUCCCCAGGCUUUCUAGAUCAUUCAAAGUUUUUCAUGAGGAAGAAAAGCAAAGCAUUCCAAAUCCCUUCCAAACUACUUACAAGCUUUUAUAAAGUACUUUGUGUUACUAUUUCUGCAUUUAUCUUUCAGAGGGAAGUAUCAUCCUUUGUUACUUGUGUUAAUCCAUUCUUCAGAAUGGAAAUGAUGUUUUCUUUCAUGGUUUCUGGUUUUUUUUAAGCCUUUUCAAUUAUCUUGCUGGUAUUGAAUACUCUCUUCAAGCUUUCUCUAAAAACUAGAGAAGAGGUUGGCACAAAAAGCUUUACUGUGUCACAGAACUUAUACUGUGUCACAGAACUUAGGGUUCAAGUAAAUGUGGGAUUUUUAUCUGUAGGUGCCCACAGAUGGGUUUGGGUUUUUUUAAUUCUGGUAAUAUUCUGUUUCAUUUUUGUUAUGAUGAACAAAAGCUUAUCUAAGUAACUUACCCAUACUUGUUUUAUUCUGCUUCUGGGGAAGACACUGCCACUGGAUCCAUUAUUUUAAGUGUUACCACCUUGGGGGUUUUGUUUGUUUGGGGGUGGUACAAUGUAACUUUGUCCUUAGUGAUGGGAUGGUAGUUCUGGGAGUUUUAAAUUAUUUUUAAAGGAAAUAAAACAUUUCUUUCCCCUC